AUGGAUGAGGAAGAGACCACGGAUCUGGAGAAUAGUGAAGAGGACUCUGAAGAGGACUCUGAAGAGUCCUUUAGCAGCUACAAUGAGUUUUCUUCUGAGGAAGAUGACUCAAUCUUUAGAUCUUCUGAUGAAGACGAAAAGUUCUUUCAUAAAACUGAGGACGACCCGAAUCCAGUGUACAAUUGGAACAUAGCGAGGGAGCUGAUGCAUCGGGAGCACAACAUUAUCAAUAGAAUUGGAUGGCGUGGUGGCCACACCUCGGACCAGAGCUUCGGCCAAGGAUUCUACAGCUCCCGCCAGGCAGUGGAACAUUUAAUCCUCGUCAAAAGGCUGAAGACCAAUUCUAUCUCUAGCCUGAACUUCAACCGUGACGGCGACCUCUUGUGCACCGGAAACGAAAGCGGAAAUGUUACUGUCUGGGAUUGGGAAAAUAAUAAAGAGCUGCACAGAUUUUGCCCAGACCCUAGCGAACUUACGCAGACCAAGUUCAUUGACAGCACCGGCUUUCUGGGCAUCAUGUCCUCCAAUCUGACUGGCGAGGUGUUUUUCACCCCUAUUUUACCCUCUGGAGGAGCCACCAGGAGCAAGUGCCUCUACAAACACAAAAAGGGUCCCGCACACGACUUUUUAAUAGUACCGCAAUGUCCCAACGAGCGACGAGGUCACGACUUUGGUGAAAUGCGUCGACCAAAAGAAAAGGGCUUUAUGCCUGCGCACCAUAGCUCAUCAUCCAUUUUCGCCGGAGUUCUGCGUUGGCGGAAAUGA